UAAGCACUUAUUUUAGCAUACAACAUGAAUAUAAUAAACAAACAUCAUAGGAUUUCUUUACAGUGUUGUAAACCUGGAGAUAUUAUAAAUAUUAAAGGAAGUCUAAGUUUUCUGUUUGAAUUCUUUCAUUAAAUAAUCACUGCAUUUUUAUUUAAUUUUGUAUUAUUAACAGCUCAACUGCAGGCUAGGGGCCAUUUUCCAUUUAUUAUGACUUUUUCCUUUGUUACAACUUUCAACAGUAAAAAGUGAGGAUUAAAAAAAUCACUUUUUCUAAAAACGUAUUUAAACUUUGGGUGUUCAGCUGAAUUUUGUAUCAGACAUAAUCUUAGACUUGUCUCUGAAUAUCCUGAUGAUGUUAAAUUCAACCAUCAUUUUUUCAUUCUGAUUCAAACAUUUGAAUUGUGAUUGCAUCAUGUUUAAUGGGAACUUGUGUGUUUUUCAGUAUUAAAUGGCAUACAAAUGUGCAUAUACCAGUGUAAAUAGUUUUAAUUAAUUUCUCUCUUUCCCUCAUUUUGAAAUUAUUAUCCACUCAUCUUGAAAGUUGUGAGAAAACUUAAUUUAUUUAACAAUAUUUCAUUAUUGUACAUGCAAAUGUAUAUAAAUGUGAUUUUCUUCAAAAUUUUUGUGACAUGAAUACAUGUAUUACACUUUUUCAUCCUCCUUUACAGCAUAGCAAAGAGAUUCCACUCAAAGUUUUUAGUGGCAAUAGAAUGAUAAGAAAAGGAAUAAUGGCUUCUUCAUAUAGUGAUUUAAUUGAAAAAUGUAAGGAGAAAUUCAUGGUUGACAGCAAUAUAAUUAGAUUGGUAUUAGAUGCUGAUGGAGUUGAAGUGGACCACGACUUCUUUAGAACUUUGGAAGGAAACACCCUACUGAUGUUACUGACAGAAGACGAGCAAUGGAUGCCUGCAGACAAUAAUUUCACUCAGAAUGUGGAUAGACAACCGUCACAUGAAAGAGUUACUUUAAAAUCAGAAGAGGAAAAGAUGAUUGCAAUGAUAGACAAGUUAAAAGAAAAAGUGAAGAAAAGGAAACUAGUAAGUAUUUCUGUUUAAUUCCUUGAUCAACGGACCCGCCCACAACUUUUUUUUUUUAAUAUUUUUGAUAUUCUCGCUUCCUGCAUUCGGAAAUGUAAUCAUGCCCAUUUCCCCCAUCCUUUUUUGGGUAAAUUUUAUAAAAAAGAUAUAAAACACUUGUUUUUUUAAAUUCACAGUCUUAGGCCACUUUUUUAUACCCCCGCUUUGAAAAAAAGGGGGGUAUACUGUUUUACCUCUGUCUGUCCUUCCGUCAGUCUGUCAGUCAGUCCGUCCGUCCCAUGAAUAUUUUUCGUCACAUUUUUCUCAGGAACUACACAACCAGGAUUUCUGAAAUUUGGUUUCAGAGUUUAUAUAUGUCAGCUAUACCAUGUGAUGUGUUUUCAGAUUCAUCACUCAACAACUUCCUGUUUA